AUGGAGUAUCUUUCAAGACAACUGAGCUUACUGAAUAAUGAUGGAGAGUUUAAAUUUCAUCCUAAGUGUGGUAGUCUCAAGAUUUCUCACCUUAUAUUUGCUGAUGACCUGCUUUUGUUCAGUAAGGGGGAUGUAAAAUCUGUUCUGAAAAUCUACCAGUGUGUCAAAAAAUUUGGUGCCAUUUCUGGACUUGAAGCAAACCUCACUAAGUGCUCUAUAUUUUAUGGUGGAGUUGAUGACACUAUCAAGAAUGAAAUCUAUAAUCACAUUGGAUUUCCUGAGGGAGUUCUUCCAUUCAGAUAUCUUGGUCUUCCCCUGAUUGCAAAGAGAUUAUCUUUUGUUGACUGCAGUCCCCUGUUUCAGAAAAUUUCAAAUCAAUUUCAAGAUUGGAAGAAGCACAGAACUCUGUCCUAUGCAGGCAGAAUGCAGAUUAUUAAAAGCAUCAUUCUUGGUGUUCAAAUAUUCUGGACUUCAUGUUAUAUUCUGCCCUCCAGGGUCCUUCAGAAAAUAGAUGAUCUUUGCAGAGAUUUCUUGUGGGGAAGAUCUGAUCAUAGUCUCAAGGCUCCACUUGUAUCUUGGGAUAAAGUAUGUACAGGUAAGAAUCAAGGGGGUCUGGGUAUCUUUUCUGCCACUACUUGGAAUCUAGCCACUGCAGUUAGAACAUUAUGGUAUGUGCAUUCAAAUAAAGAGUGUUUGUGGAUUAAAUGGGUUCAUGGCACCUAUCUUAAAGAAUCUAACAUUUGGCAAGUGAGGGUGAAAACUGGAGACUCUUGGUUAUGGAAACAGUUGCUGAAGGCAAGGGAUAAAGCUGUGAAUCUUGUGGGAGGGACUGAUAUGCUAAUUCAGAGCAUCAGGUCUUGUUAUAAUCAAUCCAAGAUUCAGCUAUCUGAGCUAAAUCUUGUGGGUGGAACUGAUAUGUUAAUUCAGAGCAUCAGGUCUUGUUUUUAUCAAUCCAAGAUUCAGCUAUCUGAGCUCUACAAGAUCCUUUCUCCUACUAAUGUAAACGUAUCUGUACCUUGGGCAGAUACAGUUUGGGAGAGUUCAAUCCUACCUAAACAGUCUUUUAUCUUGUGGUUCGCUAUUCAAAAUAGGCUUCUCACAAAGGAUAGACUGCUUAAAAGAGGGGUAAUUCAAUCUAAUCAAUGCUCUCUGUGUGAAGGGGGAUCUGAAAGUCACAAGCACUUAUUUUUUGACAGUAGUUUUUCUAUGACUGUUUGGAAUGGGGUUAUGGAAUGGCUCAAGUUUAGUUGGAGGACAUGUGAUUGGAGAUUGCUUCUUGAUUGGUAUUGCAAUAGCCUAAAGGUGAAGGGUUCUAAACUGAAAGUGAAGAGAAUGGCUCUUGCCGCAAGUGUUUACUACAUUUGGAGAGAGCGUAAUGAAAGGAUCUUCAAAUCGAAAAGUAGAAGCUCUGGCCAAAUCAUUAGGGAUAUUAAAGUUGAUUUAUACACUGCUAUCCUCAACAAUCUUUCGCUGCCAAAUGAAGAUUGGGGUUGGUUUCUCUCCCUGUAA